AUGGACUACUCCGUGGAAUCUAACUUGCACGAAUUGAUCAACUCGACUACCCACAAAUGGAUCUUUGUCGGUGGUAAAGGUGGUGUGGGUAAAACCACGUCUUCGUGUUCCAUUUCGAUCCAAAUGGCAUCAGCUCAACCCAACAAGCAAUUUCUGCUCAUCUCUACUGAUCCGGCUCACAAUUUGAGUGAUGCUUUUGGUGAAAAGUUUGGCAAAGACGCUAGAAAAGUUACCGGGAUGGACAACCUGUCGUGUAUGGAAAUUGACCCUUCUGCUGCGCUCAAGGAUAUGAACGACAUGGCUGUGGCGCAAAACGGCAGCGGAGGAGACGGGCUCGGCGAUUUGCUGCAAGGUGGCGCUCUUGCUGAUAUCACGGGCUCCAUUCCAGGUAUCGAUGAGGCACUCUCGUUCAUGGAGGUGAUGAAGCAUAUCAAAAGACAGGAAGAAGGUGAGGGUGAGAAAUACGACACUGUCAUUUUCGACACAGCUCCUACGGGCCACACUUUGAGAUUUCUGCAAUUGCCCCAAACGCUUUCGCAGCUUUUGGAAAAAUUUGGAGAGAUUGCUGGCAAAUUUGGUCCUAUGCUCAAUUCUUUCACUGGCGGAGCUCAAAAUAUGGAUAUAAUGGGCAAGAUGAACGAACUUAAGGCAAACGUGGAGAAAAUAAAACAGCAGUUUACGGAUCCGGAGUUAACUACUUUUGUGUGUGUGUGCAUAAGUGAAUUUUUGUCGCUUUACGAAACCGAACGUUUGAUUCAAGAACUGAUGUCUUACGACAUGGAUGUCAACUCUAUCAUUGUCAACCAGUUGCUGUUCGCCGAUGAUGACAAUGAGCACAAUUGUAGACGUUGUCAAGCGCGUUGGAAAAUGCAAAAGAAGUACCUGGAUCAGAUUGAUGAGCUCUACGAGGAUUUCCACGUUGUUAAAAUGCCGUUGUGUGCCGGUGAAAUCAGAGGGUUGAACAACCUUAGAAUGUUCUCGCAGUUUUUGUCCACUGGUUACGAGCCAAAGACUGAUGGCAAAAUUAUUUACGAAUUGGAAGAGCAGAAAUGA